AUGCAGCCAUAUCCCAUUCACCCAGAUUUGAAUGGAUCUGGUCUACAAACCGAUGGUUGCGCCGGAGGCCCCUCUGAUAUCCCCACUUUCGCCGGGAUCGACACUUUACGAGCCAGCGUUUCCAGUGCCAGCACCGGCGCCAGUCCAGAUGAUACAUCAACCGAUUCGCCGGACUGGACCGGCGUAAACGACCAGUCGUCCUCCCCUGCGGAUUAUGAUGCGCAAGCCCAUUUCUCCCGAUCGCAAAACCCCGAUGCAUACAUGUUCGACGCUCACGGUCACCCCCACGUGCAACUCGACGAUAUGUCUGAUCUCCCGCCCAAGGUCGAGGAGAUUGAGGAUGAUGAUAUUCAAAGUGUCAAGCCAUCCGAUGCGGGGAGUGUGUACGACCUUGAAUCCUCGGGUGCUCCCGCCUCCGUUCCACGGAAACGUGGGCGCCCACGCAAACAUCCGCUCCCUACACCGGGGAACCAAGCCAAGAUUACCAAGGGUCGGUCCAAGACUGGUUGUAUAACCUGUCGACGACGGAAGAAGAAAUGCGACGAGACAAAGCCUGCGUGUCUUAACUGUCAGAAGAAUGCAGUCGUAUGUGAAGGCUAUCCUCCGAAGGAAAUAUGGAAGAGUGGGAAGCAGAAAAUGGCUGAUGCCGUCCGAACCCAUGUUGCAACCGUGCCCCGCAACCUUCCUAUCCUCAUCGAUGGCAUCGAAACAGAGAUCGACCGUCGCUUCCUCGACCAUUUCGUCUACGGAUUUAGCCGGGUCUUAACCCUCAUCAACGAUGAUUCGAACCCGUUCAAAGAAAUCUUGCUACCCAUGGCAACCCAACACCGCGGAUUGAUGCAUUCUCUCAUGUGCCUGUCAGGGUCGCACUUGUCUGGUCUGGAUCCAGAGCCAAAGUUGAAGGAGCGUAAAUAUUUCCAUUUUCACCGUGCUAUUCGGGAUUUGAAGGAAAAUAUCACUGCGACCUCGUCUUCGUCUGCUGCUAAAUCCAAUGACCAGGAUCCGGACUCGCCUGAUGACCAGCAACUGCUCGUGGAGGAUCCGAUCAUUGCGUCCACCAUCGCACUUAGUUUAAAUACAAUCUGUGAGGGCGAAACCAAUGGCGAAUACCGACCGCAUAUGGACGCCGCUCGGUACCUGCUUGUGUCGCAACAGCCACGCAACGAGAAGUUCCGACAGUUCAUUGUGGAGUUCUUCCAGUACCACGAUGUCUCGAAUGCCCUCACAUCCCUCGACCGUCGACCCGCACUUCUGCAAGGUGGUAUGCGCAUGCCUGACUGUGUGCCUGGUGCUCAAGCAGGCAUGUUUGUGGGUGUAUUUGAUGGAUUAUUCAACUACAUCUCUGAGAUCACCAAGCUUAGAGACCGGAUCCGAGACCGGUUUAACGAGGGCUACGAGCCAGCAGUUGACUAUCAGACCCUGAGCGAGGCAGUGCAAAUCGACAGCGCCAUCCGAAUCUGGAAGACUUCACACGAACCCGACUCAUCUAACUGGUGCUUGGCUCAACUAUACCGACAGUCUACCUGGGUGUACUUGUUCCGCACCAUCCGACCCUCGCGUCCCAGCGACAAGAUUGCCCAGGUCGUCGACGACGGCCUUGCUUACCUUGACCGUCUCCCCCAGGACGCUGGCGCUUACAGCAUCGUUCUUAUGCCACUCUUCCUCCUGGGCUGCUCAGCAUUCGUACCACAGCAACGCGAGCGAAUCCAAAAGGGCUUCGAGUCCCUCAAAGCAUACUCCAACCUUCGCAACAUCGAACCAGCCUUCAAGGUUGUCACUCGUAUCUGGGAAAUCAUGGAUACCCAGAUCGAAGACAGCUGGGACUGGGAAAAGAUUAUCCAUGACAUGAACAUGGAUUUCCUCAUAACCUGA